CAAAGCUCACAGUAACAACUGCAGAGGCAAACCUUAAAAGUUGUCAAUAAAUCUAGUGGCGGGAGGAAUGGCAGAACUAGGGGAUAUCCCAUACUCACGUCUUGUUGUACCCGCACUUCUUGUGGUUGGCUGGAUUGUGGGUUGUGUGUUAAUGGUUUACAUAGUCUUCUCUUGAUAAAGGAAAGAAGAUUUCACAAUGACCUUGAUUGGAAGAACCCAAAUGGAAAUGUCUAGUCCUUAAAAUAGGCACUGUACAAGUUGUGUUUUAAUACCACAAUGUAGGCAUGAUAUAUACUUUCUAUCUACAACAUAGAUAUGAGGUUGGUUCAGAUACUUCUGAAUUGAGUGGUAUUUGGAGUCCAGUGGUAGGUCAGGUAUUUGCCUACUCUCCAAACCAUCUUGAAAUUCAGCCUCCUUGGAAGUAAAAUGUCCAGAAUCCUUAUUUUUGGUGGUGACAAACAGUGCCAAAUGGAGUUGGUGACCUAGAUACAGAAGUAAACUAAGUGGGAUGCAAGAUACCUCUAACCAGUACAUGGAUCAUCUUUAAUGUCUUGCGGUAGAAAGGAAAUACUAAAUUAAAAAAUAAAUUGUG